GCAACCUGAAGCUGUUGAGUAUGGACUUCGGAGUGGUGUUUAUUUUGUUGUGGGUGUCUGUCAGCUGACGGCCUGCAUUGUUUUCGGAUAGCAUAGACUCUCACAUAAUCGGCCAGUGAUCUUUUUCUUCGUGCACUAUGGCAAAACUACACAACAGCGUGAUCGAAAUGUGCGUAGUCGUGGGAAUGGAUGAAAACACAGGGUUGAAACCGGCGAAUGAACAGCCCGACAUUGUACUUGGCGGGACAUCAGUGCUGUAUAGGAAGGCAUUUGACUCUCACAUACUAGCAGCAUUGUCCGGGAAGGUUGCCACGUUCCCUCAAGCGGGAGGUGUCGAGAAUCUUGAGCCUGAGUUUGGCGGAUAUGCAACAAUGGGAUCACGUACUAUAAAAACAAAUAGAACUUUAAAUAGAUCAGUGUCGAGGAGAAUGUCAAGGAGACGGAUUUCCCUGGUCCCGCAGUUAUCAAUGGCUAAUGCUACAACUAGUAAUAACCAACAGAGUCUAGAGUUACCUAUUGGUAACGAAGUAUUGACAGGACUGAUGCCUUUAUGUUUACCAGAUGGUGGGUAUGCCAGACAGUCACCAGGUGAAGAUAAAAUCCACACGUUGGUGCUCACUGAUAUACAAGGUACCAGAUCAUAUGCUACGUGUUUGACGUACUAUAGAAGGUUUCUCGCAUCAGAGAGUGAAGAUGACGGAUACUUUGACUUACUGCCAGAGGCGGAACCAUCAUUAUUAAUAGAUGAUGUGUACCAGCGAUGUUACCUACCGACCUGUGUUGUCUUAAUAUCUAAAUGUCCCUAUUACUCUGUUAUGAAAGACUGCCUAUCAAGUGUACUGCCUAAACUGAAGAAGGAGGUUGAUCCAGUGAAAUUUAAUCAAGUAAUCAAAGAGUUUACACUGCAGGUCACCAUGGUAACCAUGCCACCAGCAGGCACACUCACUAUUGUAUUUAAAUUGUACGGUAUGCCGAUACACAUACGACCAUCAGAAGACACUGAUAAACCUGUCUGUGAUAUGUAUUUACAAUAUCCAUUCUUGCGAUUUAGUGCUGAACAUAUUAUUGAAUUGAUGACAUGUAUUUUAACUCAACAAAAAAUUGUGUUUUUAUCAAAUGACUACAGUCUCAUUACACCGGUUAUGGAGAGUUUUAUGACGUACAUCCAGCCGUUAAAAUGGCCGCAUACAUAUGUACCAAUACUGCCAUAUCAUCUACUGGACUUAGUAGAAGCACCAGGUACAUUUCUCAUGGGAUGCCAUUCUAAAUAUAUAGAGUCUGUUGACAGAGUAGAACAAAUUCCUGGGCUAGUUGUUGCUAAUAUUGAUGAUGGCGAAGUACUGAAAGGUGACGUUAUUAUCCCGAAUAUGCCUCUCAAUGCCACAGAGUUUUUUGAACAAGCUUAUAUCAAACUUAAGAAGCACUUUGAUUUGGCAAUACUUGGACAACCCACACCAACAUCACUGGCUGAGAUGAUUUCAUUGAAACAUAAGUUCAUGACUACGUGCCAACAGGAGAUCCAGUCAACAUGUCUUGAACUAAUGGUACUGCUGUUAGGAGACGUAUCGAACUAUCUGCACAUUCCACAGCGACAUUUCAAGAGAAAGGAGUUCCUAGACGCUCAGAUAGAAGAAGAAAGAGAUUUUUAUGCACAGGUGAUCAAAACCGAGAUGUUUAGUCGGUUUCUUCGAGAUAGAUUGGAUCAAAAGAGAGAUUACUAUGCAAUCAUGGAGGAGAAAAUGAGACUUGUUCUAAAGGAUACUAGAGGCAUCGUCAUCGAACAACAGUGGCUCAGCAGGAAAGGCAGUAGUACCGCUAGCAUGAACAGAAUUAGAAGAACGUCAGAUAGUGUUUACGUCCGACAGUCCAAUAACACACAAGUAGAUUCUUCAGAAUUGUUUAUAUUACCAUCAUUCCAAAGUCCCCUCUUGUCAGGUAUUUUCUGGGAGAGAUGUAUUCUAGAGCUGAAUAGAAGUUUGGAGGUUGUCAAGUCACCAAACUUGAGGGCGUCAUAUCUUUAUCUACGCGGAAUGUUCCAAGUAGCCUGUGGUAGACCCAUCGAUGGAAUUGAAGACUUCCAUAAUUUAGCUGCCGCUGAUCUUAGAAUAUUUCCAUCUCAAAUUAUUGGUCAUAUAAUUGAUAACUUAUCAGCAUCAGAGAAAGUUAAAUUAAGCCAGCAAAGUUUUUACAAGCGAGCUGAAGUAUGGAAGAAGAUAUCAGAGAGAAAAAACAGUUAUUCCAAUGUCAGGGUGACAAUGGAAUUGGAAAAAGUCCCUACUAAACCAGUUGAUUUGUCGGAGUUUGUGAAGCAUAUUCAGUUAAUGGAGAUUGCUAUUGAUAUAGAUGCCAUUACAAGACUCUUUUAUUCAUUGACUUUAGGAAGGGUUAUGUGUUUAGAUCCUGAAACGUUUGCCAUCUUCUAUCAGUGCUGGAAAGAGGCCGAAUUGGAGACGAGUAAACUGGAAUUACCGCAUGGUAAAUUAGACGCGAAUGAGUGUGUACUGAAAGUAUCGUCUUUGAUUCGUGCGGAUCAUGGAACUGGAAGAUUGAUAUUAACUCAAAAAAGGCUAUUCUUUCUCACAGAAGGAAAACGUAAAUUCGAAGAAGUCAUACGAUUACGCGAUAUCAAGUCUCUGGAGAAAUUUGAAUUUUAUAACGUCUUUCCACCAGGUGUUCCAGCCCUCAAGAUAUUCCAUAAACAAGAUGACAAAGCUCCGUACAUUGCCAGUUUAAAAUGUGAGAGAAAUUGCUGGUGGAUAUUGAUUCGUGAGAUGUGGGCUGGACGACUGAUAUCGGAUGUGCAGAAAGAUCCUCAAGUUAUCCAACAAGCUGCUCAAAAUGUCUUGAUGAUUGACGCUAUAAUACGUAGUGGAGAGUCUGAUGACGCCCUGCAUUCCUCAGAGGUAGAGGCUGCAGCAAAGAACCUGUGUUAUUUUAGUCGGCGUAAAGAUGAAGGAGUUGCGAAUAUACCGCAAGAAACAACAAGUGCAUUGAUACACAGGGUUAAUCCAUCGUCCAGAGACGAACAGAAAGCUACAGUAGAAGCAUUACUGUAUACACCAGGAAAUCGUAGUGACGGUGAGGAAGAUAACAGCCCUAAAUUAUGGUGUGCUUUAGGAUCAGGAAAAAUUCGCGUUUUUGAUGCAAGUACAUGGAUAUGUGAAUCGCAGUUCAUUCAAGCAAAAGAUAGAGUAUGUUGUCUUCUUAGUGUCAAAGGUCACCAGGUAUGGGCUGGUUCAUUUGAUACCACAAUUUACAUAAUAGACGUAGCAAGUAACACAGCGAAUAAACGACUCAUAGAUCAUACCGACUUUGUGUCUGAUUUAACAAUCAACGAUGAUGAAAGUGUGGCAUUUUCUGCGAGUUUAAACGGUCAAAUUAUGUCCUGGAAUACAGAUACGUUGCAGAAAAUAAAGCAACUAACUUUGGAAAAUGUGAAGUCAUUGAUUGGAAUAAAAUGGAUUAAAAAACAGCUGUGGUGUUGUACAAAGCGAGACCUUCGAGUGAUUGAUGAUGAUGGUAAUAUUUUGAAGAAACUUGAAAUUCAUGAUGGUAGCAGUUUUCCAACACCGAUAGAAUCGUAUAUUAUCACGCCUGAUAACCAGAUAUGGGCUGGUGAUAAAUGCGGAACAAUACACGUGUUCAAUACUCGUACAUUUUCCCACGAGAAAGAGUUAAUAGCACACGAAGCAGCGAUUCGGUCAAUGUGUACGGCUGAGGAUAGAUAUGUGAUGACAGGUGCAGAGGGUAUGGAUGGUAAGAUAGCCAUCUGGAGAGCAAGAUUUGUUACAACAUAG